AUGGAUGCGAGCUGUGCAUGCGUAGCGGAAGUACGACAUUCGAUGGCCGCGACCAUCUUGAGCCAAAUUCGCUCGCGAAUCCUCAUGGACCUGGCACGCCGCAUCCGAACUCGUCGAAGCCCGAGUCUGCCCCUCCCGUCUCGGACCAUCCCUGCGACGUAUCUCCGAUCAAAAGCCGACGAAAGCUCGGUCGUUCGUACUGCUGGUGAAGCUUGCACUGAAGCGCUCGCCGGGGAGCCUCGUCUCGAAACACCUCGCAAAACAACAUCCAACGUGUCCGCGACAAUCGAAUCUCCGCGCCUCCUCAAAUCACGGCUUGGCGUCGCAAACGCCACGGUAAAAGCGAGCCACGACCCGCGGAACGCGUCGUCCAUCGGCGAUCUGCUGCCAUCGAAUCGCUCCCCGAUUUGGGCCUCCACCCCCGCGCAACCCCCGCAACCGGCAACAGUUUGGAAUUCAGACGAGGGACCCACCAGCCAUGGCUCGGAGCAUGAAGCUCGCUUGCCGCUUGCCGCCGCCCCUUACCAGAACUGGCAGCUCGCUGCGGCCGCAAUCGACGAGUUUGACGAGCACGGGCUGAAAAAGUCCCGGCAAACUCUCGUCUCGCCGACCUUCAUUCGCACCAGCAUCCUCCCUCGCAACUUGCGUGCACAUGCCGCCAACAUGACGGUGAGCGCAGAAAAGGUGGCCAUCAGGCACCGCACCUGGGACGAUUUUCCCCUCGCAGUCACCAUCUUUCGCCCCACCUCGUCGGCCGAUGUAAAGGCCAGCGUCGUAUUCGCAAAUGCCACGGGCGUACAAGCUCGCUUCUACCACAACGUAGCCGCCUGGCUCUCCCAGAAUGGCGUCGCUGCUUACACCUUCGACUACCGCUUCUCCGGUGCUUCCUUCCCGCUCGAAUGCGAUCCAGCCAAGCUCGCCGAGGACGAAGACUACUUUGAGGAAGCGCUACGUCGGUGUCCAGACCACGUUGAUCUGACCACCACCUGGUGCAAAGUGGAUCUGGCGUCGAUUGUACGUUUGGCCUACGAGUCCAAUCCCGAAGCAGAUGUCACUGUCAUCGGGCAUAGCCUUGGUGGUCACCUCAUGGCGGUCCUCCCAGCGGAUCAUGUGUAUGGACCGCGCGCCAAAGUCAAGCGCCUGCUCAACGUGUGCGGCGGAAAUGCCUACGUCAAGAAUCAAAAGGAGCCCGACGCCGCCGAGUUUGGCUUCACAGAGAUUGUCGUCAAGCCGCUUGCAGAGGAGAAGAUCUUCCGCGCGGCCAAUCUCGGUCUUGGAUACGAUCUGCCGUACGGCCCUGGCUUAGAGUGGGUGCAGUGGUACUUCCAUCCGCACUUCGCCUUCAACCGUCCCGAGAAUAUGAAGCUUGCCCGGGGCCUCAAGGGCGUGCCGCUACUCUAUGUCGGUUUCGAAGAUGACGACAAGAUCGGAAAGAACAUGAUGGAAAAGUAUUUGGGCAUGUUUGACCACUCCGACGGACUCAAGCAGAGUCUCUGGAUCGACCCCGUCAAGAAAGGAUGGCCUAGCUGCGGCCAUGUAAACGCAUUCACAAAGAGCAAAGAGCCCAAGCUUGUCCCCGUCGAGCACGGCGAGGCAUACACAUCACAAAAGGACUUUGAAGACGCCAUCUCUAGUCAGCCGAAACCAUCACGCGCCUCGCUGAGCAAGGAGGAAACCAUCUGGAAACUGUUUCUCGACUACAUUCUCGGCAACCCGGUCGACACAUCGCACGCCGAAUACAAGGUUUGGACUCGCCAAGACGAACGCGAGAUCGAAAAGGAACGCAGGGAGGAUGCCGAGUCUCGUAGAAAGAGCCCUCGGAAAGAAGACAUCAUUCUGGGUUUUGUGUCUCCCAGUCAGGCUAAGCUGUGA